AUGGGCCACCACCUGCCUCCGGCCGCCCUCCUCCUGCCACCGCCCUCCUCUCGCCAUUGCCCGCCUCCCACCAUCCGUCGGCCGUCGUCCCCCGCCGCCAACCACCGUGGGCUGCCGCCCGUCGUCUGCCGCCUCCCGCCGCUGCCCACCUAUUGUUCGCCGCCUCUCGCCAUCCGCCGGCCGUCGUCCCCUGCCGCCGACCACCGUGGGCCGCCACCCACCUACCACCGUCGCACUCCUCCAGCCACCACCCACCCCCGCCGCCGACCGCCGUGGACCGCCACCCGCCCCCCUCCCGCUAUCAGCUGCCACCUCCCACCGCCCUCCUCUCACCACCACCCGCCACCAGCUGUCGCUUGCUUCCCGUAG